AUGCUGUCGCGAUCUGCCCCAAGGACAGUCCGCAGGACUCGCCCUACCAGGAUAUGUCGCGACCAAGCAGUCGUUUGUCCUGGAAGUCGUGGUAAUUCACCCAGCUUUCCCGCACCACGAAGCGCGAACACCCGUAGCUCCACGUCUUCAACAAGGUGGAAGAGCAGACAAGGAAAGGAUUCUUUUGCCCGAGAUGCAAAACUUCAAGGCUUGAAAAGCAGAGCAGCUUUCAAACUUCUGGAAAUUGAUGCCAAGUAUAAAAUCUUCAAGACUGGGCAAACCGUCGUAGAUCUCGGCUACGCUCCUGGAAGCUGGUCACAGGUCGCGGUGGAAAGAACAAAACCUUCGGGUCGAAUUGUCGGUAUCGACAUCAUUCCCGCCCAGCCACCGAAAGGUGUUUCGACAUUCCAAGGAAAUUUUCUAUCGGCAGGCGUACAAGCUGAGGUGAAGCGAUUUCUGUUGGACCCUGACCGUGGACGUCCCAAACAGCACCUCACCACUGUUUUCGAGGAUUCAGACACGAAAAACACGACGACUCUUAUCUCUGAGCAGCAAGAGAGCUACAUAGACCACGAACGACAUAUGGAUGAGGAUGGCCCUACUGCUCCAUCAGCCAAGAAGACGAUUAGAAAAACCUACAAUGGAAUGGAGCGAAUGGUGGAUGUGGUUUUGAGUGAUAUGUCCGAACCCUGGCCUCAAACUACUGGGUUUUGGAAGAGAACUCUAAGUGACCCGUACAUUAGGAUGAUGAAUACAAGCGGUAUAAAUUUUAAAGACCAUGCUGGCAGUAUGGUAUGAUAAUAAUUUGGCUUAUUGGAAUGUCUUGAUUGACCUUUCAUUUAGGAUCUUUGUGCUGCAGCCUUACGAUUCGCUCACGAUACUCUUCGCGUUGGUGGCCAUUUCGUGUGUAAGUUUUAUCAGGGGUCCGAGGAUAAGCAGUUAGAAAGGAAGUUGAGAGCCAUGUUUCGGACCGUUCAUAGAGAAAAGCCAGAAUCUUCGCGCAGUGAAUCAAAAGAGGCCUUUUUUGUUGCAUUGAGGAGGAAGAGCGACGUUAACGUAGAAGAGGUCAAAAGCAAUUCUGACUUGCUUUGAGAAAAUUUUACACCUCGGUUUCCAUGGCGCAUGAUACUUAUAUCCAUUGAUGAGAGUCUGAGUGACAGCUAGCAGAAGAGGGCUGGUCACAUAUUGGAAUGUGUUUUUGUCCCUCAAAGAAUUCAUUCAAUUGAGUAUUCCCAUUUUUAUUCAUGCCAAGCAAACCUGCAUUGCACGCCAUGCUCGCCAUAAUAAACCGAAAAGAGGUCCAAUUUGUCUCGGGGCAUAUCUUGCUUGCCAAGGCCAGAUAUCCAUGACACCCAUAAUACCAGUGUAGUUACAUUUAGACCUUGAAACCUCUGGAGCGUCUACGUCCACGGGCCUUCUCGAAUUUGCGACCCUUCGACUCAACAUAUGGCUUCUUAUGCUUGUGAGGACC